GCGGUCGGACUCUGUGGCGGUAAUAAAGCCGGGAGCCGAGUGCGAGGCGGCCGGAGAAGAGCAUUAAACCGAGCGCCCGAAACCACGGGGAUACGUCAUCGCAGCGAACACACUAGAGAAACGUGAGCGGUGCUGGACACGUGACAGGCCGCCGAGCCAAUCGGAAGGCUGUGGGCGGGGCUAGGUGAUGUGUCUGGCGGUGUGCUUGGAGAGCGGACUUGGAAUGUUCAGUCGGAAGCCGCUUGGCUGCGGGUUAGUGAGGUUCUAUUGACUCUGUGCACCCCCCCAAUACUAACUUCCCUGUGAGUGGGACCUGCUCCCCCAAAUACUGGAUCCUUGGUUCCGAGCUCUGACGGCACAACAUGAUAGAGAAACCUCUGCUCUCCACUCACAUCCAAGGAGACCCUUUAUUGUAUACCCCGUCUAAAGAGAGUCGUAGAGGAUAAACCCUCUCCUGCUGCAUUCUCUAUCUAUUACAACUGGGCACUAUGAGCCUCAGUUGGACUUGAUUUCUCAAUUUUUGUUUUGCUUGUGAGUUCAUUGACUUCAUUUUUUUCCCUUUCUUUUACUACAUUUUAUUUUUGUGUGUUUUAAUACAAAAAAAGAACAAUGGGGGUGAAUGCUGUCCACUGGUUCAGGAAGGGGCUGAGACUUCAUGAUAACCCAGCUUUGAUGGAGAGUAUAAAUGGAGCAGACACCAUCAGAUGUGUCUAUAUUCUGGACCCAUGGUUUGCUGGAUCGUCAAAUGUGGGCAUCAACAGGUGGAGAUUUCUGCUGCAGUGUCUAGAAGAUCUUGAUGCCAAUUUGCGGAAAUUGAACUCCCGUUUGUUUGUGAUCCGUGGGCAACCUGCUGAUGUCUUUCCUCGACUCUUUAAAGAAUGGAAGAUUUCUAAAUUGUCAAUUGAAUAUGACUCUGAACCAUUUGGAAAAGAGCGAGAUGCAGCAAUCAAGAAGCUUGCCAGUGAGGCAGGUGUGGAGGUCAUUGUACGCAUAUCACAUACAUUAUAUGAUCUUGACAAGAUCAUAGAGUUGAAUGGAGGACAGCCACCUUUGACUUAUAAGAGAUUCCAGACUUUAAUCAGUAAGAUGGAGCCACUUGAGACUCCAGUAGAAACCAUUACAGGGGAAGUAAUGGAAAGCUGCACAACACCUGUGUCUGAUGAUCAUGAUGAGAAAUAUGGUGUUCCUUCACUGGAAGAACUAGGUUUUGACACAGAAGGAUUGCCAUCUGCUGUGUGGCCUGGUGGAGAGACUGAAGCUCUUACUCGUUUAGAGAGACACUUGGAAAGAAAGGCUUGGGUGGCCAAUUUUGAAAGGCCUCGUAUGAAUGCAAAUUCUCUUCUUGCGAGUACUACUGGUCUUAGUCCUUACCUGCGGUUUGGCUGUCUGUCCUGUCGUCUGUUCUACUUCAAAUUAACAGAUUUAUACAAAAAGGUAAAGAAAAAUAGCUCGCCUCCCCUCUCUCUGUAUGGACAACUUCUGUGGCGUGAAUUUUUCUACACUGCAGCGACAAAUAACCCACGCUUUGAUAAAAUGGAGGGAAACCCCAUAUGUGUUCAGAUUCCUUGGGAUAGAAAUGCAGAGGCGCUUGCCAAGUGGGCUGAGGGACGGACUGGUUUUCCCUGGAUUGAUGCCAUCAUGACACAACUUCGGCAAGAAGGUUGGAUUCAUCAUCUGGCACGGCAUGCUGUGGCCUGCUUUCUCACUAGAGGAGACUUGUGGAUUAGCUGGGAAGAGGGAAUGAAGGUAUUUGAAGAGCUGUUGCUAGAUGCUGAUUGGAGUGUUAAUGCCGGAAGUUGGAUGUGGUUAUCUUGUAGCUCAUUUUUCCAGCAAUUUUUUCACUGUUACUGUCCUGUUGGGUUUGGAAGAAGGACUGAUCCUAAUGGAGAUUAUAUCAGACGUUACUUGCCAAUUCUGAAAGGAUUUCCUCCAAAGUAUAUCUACGACCCAUGGAAUGCGCCAGAGGCGGUCCAGAAGGUUGCAAAGUGCAUAAUUGGUGUUAAUUAUCCAAAACCCAUGGUAAACCAUGCUGAAGCAAGUCGUCUGAAUAUUGAAAGGAUGAAGCAAAUUUAUCAGCAGCUUUCGCGAUAUAGGGGACUAGGUCUCCUUGCAUCAGUGCCUUCUAACCCAAAUGGAAAUGGUGGAUUAAUGAGCUAUUCUCCUGGAGAAAGUAUUCCUGGCUGCAACAAUAAUGGAGUAUCUCAAAGUGGAGGAAACAUGGGCGGUUCUGCUAGUACUCCCAGUACCAGUCAAGGAGACUCCCAUCCUGGAACAGUAGGCAUUCAAGGUUACUGGCAAGGGAGCAGUAUUCUGCAUUAUAACCAUGGAGAUAGCCAGCAGUCUUAUUUAAUGCAAGGUAGAAGGAACAAUCUUAAUUCUGUGGUGUCUUCUGGCAAAAGACACAGCCAAGAAGAAGAGACGCAAAGUGUUGGGCCAAAAGUCCAGCGCCAAAGUAGCCAUUAACUUGGUAGUGGAAAACGCAAAGAAAACUGAACUGUUCCUUUUUCCAGUAUUGAAUUUUUUUAUUAAUGUAAAUACUUGUGUGCGUGUGUAUAUAUAAAGAGGGAAAGCAUUUUCUGAAACUCUUGUCGACUGUAAGCAAAUCCGUUUGUGAAACCUUAAUUUAUCGCUACAUUUAUAUGGUUUUUAACUUUUUAAAUAUUUUUCAGUAAGCAUUGUUUGUACAUAUUACUUGUAAGUAUUUCCUGACUCUUGCUUACCAACGUGUAAAUAUAAAUAUCCAAACUAGAUAGACUGCUUAAUAUAUUUUUGAUAAAAUCUGAAUUGAAAGAGAGAAUAUAGCAUUUUGUUGUAAAAUUCAUAUAGUUUCAAUUCAAGUUUUUUUUUUUUUUUGUUUUUGUGUUUUAUGAAGCUGCAAGUCCUGUUCAUCAAAAUGUGACACACUUUCUGGUUUGUUAAAAUAUCUAUAAACAAAGGCUUAAACGUGUCUUUAUGGUAAAAAAAAAAAAUGAGGUUAAAGUGCAGGACAAGCAUCUCCUGGUUUCAUCCCUUGGUGCCAUCCCUAAAUAACUAGUCACACUUUUUAAACUGACCUGAUUCUCCCACAUUCUCUGGACUGGUCGUCCAACCACCCACCCCUUCUCCAAUAACAUUAAUACAAAUUUACUUCUACAUUAGUGACCCAGUUCUGCUUUUGUUUGAACAAAAUGCAUUGCAUGAGAGCAUCAAAUGACACUCUCAGCCAAGGAAUUCCAUCUAAAUAAGAGACAAAAUGAAAAUGUUUUGCAAAACGAGAAAUUUAACUUGAGAUGUUCCUAAUGACGCCGGCCCACAUGUUCUCCACAGGACCUAAGUUAGUGGCAAACAUUUGGAAAACCGUUUGGCUGCUUACUGUAGGUCAGUACUAUAACUGCUACAGCAGACUGUGAUUAAGAUCUAACCAAGCUUUACCCAUCACCAGAGCCUUUUUGACAUGCAAUUGGCUAGAAUGUGGUGGCUGGUUGGGUUAUUGGUAUUGUCAGAGCGCACGUGCACAAAAAAAGGGGCAAUGAAGUAAGCUCUGAUUCCCUUUACCAACAUAAAUCUUUUCUGGAUUGUGUGGUUGUUUUUUGUUUUUUUUUGUGUGUGUUUUAAUACCCCUUGAUAGAAGUGUAUGCUUAUUACAGUCUGGAACUGCUCUUAUUAAACUGGGGAGAAUAGGAAUUUAUUGGAGCACUAUAUUGCAUGUGCUCUAGAUUCUCCAGCAUUGAAUAAAUCUUCUGGUUUUUUUCAGCUUUAUUUAAAAUGGGUAUAUGCAAUCUCCAGUUGAUGAUAAACUGCAACAACCUCAUGCUCCAGAGAAUUAAUGGUGAUUAAUUUUUCCAUUUUUUUUUGUAUCUAGACAACACAAUUUUGAUGACCAGGACACGCAAAGUCUAUAUAUACGUUCUGUAAAAUCUCAUAUUUGAGGAGGAGGAAUGCUUUGUUUUAACCAUUCCAGUACAUAACUGUAUUCAUUAUGAAUGCCAUAAUAGGCUCUCCCCUCUAAAAUACAUAGGGAUCAUGAAGCAUUGCUGUAUAUAUUGCUUGCUUGCUAUAUGCUUUAAUGUACCUGUUUUAUCCUGUAUGUACACACUUUGCCUUUUUUCAGUUUUUGAAUAAAACCUAGAAUUGUAAAACAAA